ACUGGAACGGAAUAAAAUGAGAUAGAUAUAUAUUUACAAGUUGAAGAGAAAGAGAGGAAAAACAAGAAGAGUGCAAGAAGUUCUUUUAAAAAGAACAAAUCUCGUGUCAAUCCGUGUCAAAGCGUACGCGUACCAUUGUAGUAGGCGGUGGUAGGCGGAGUGGUAUGGUAUACACAACGUGUGAUGCAGUCCAAUAAUGUAGUCGAAAAAUGUCAAUUGUUCGUAGACGCCACGAGCGAUUGGCUAGACACGACUCACAAACGUAAUCAGAUAAAGCGGAUGAUGCUACAUAAUAAUUAAAUUUUUCUACCCGAAUUUUUCACUCUCGAAACAUGGUCCCUCAUGUGUUCCAGACUCAUUCGUGAUCUCGUCUGAGAUGUAUCAGUUGCUUUCGACGAUCGUACGUGAUUCUUUAUAAGUUUCUUCGCACUUGAACCACGACGUCUAUUCUUCGCGUAAAGCACCUUUGUUACAAAUUCCGAAAAAGUCAUGUAUUCCAUCAAUAGAAGACCUUUAUUAGGAGGUGCAUCUGAUAGCGAAUUCGAGGAUGAUUUAGAGACUGAGGUAGAUGAUUCUAAUAUUGCAAUCCCUGAUGAGAAACCAUUUUUAAAGCCAUACGAGCCACAUGACAAGUAUAAUUUUGCAUAUAUUGUAUUUUACUUACUUGGAAUAAAUACAUUAAUCCCAUGGAGUUUUUUUAUUACUGCUGAUGAUUACUGGAUGUAUAAAUUCAGAGAAAUUCAUAAUGUGACAAACCUUACUCAUACAUAUGCAGAAUUAUUUGAGCAAAAGACGGAUCUUCAAGCUAGUUUUACAUCUUAUUUAAGUGUCGCCAGUGCGUUGCCAAGUACUCUUUUUUUAAUAAUAAACGCAUUUAUUAGCAAGAGAAUCUCUCUAACUGUAAGGAUGGUGGGUUCUCAAUGUACAAUAUUGCUGCUUUUUAUCAUAACAACUACAUUUGUUGAAAUGGACACUGACAAAUGGCAAAAUCCAUUCCUAAUUGUUACUUUGCUGACAGUUGCACUCGUAAAUGCUGCAAGUGCCAUUUUUGGAGGGAGUCUAAUGGGUAUAGUGGGUAAAUUUUCGCCGAAAUAUAUAACUGCUAUGUCCGGCGGACAAGCCCUCGGUGGAAUAUUUACAGCCCUAGCGGAAGUUUGCUCUUUGUGGAUAGGCGCCAGUCCGGCACUUUCCGGCUUGGUAUAUUUCAUUAUCGGCGAUAUCGUGCUCUUGUUAUCAUUGAUCGCUUAUAUCGUUUUGGAGAGAGCGCCAUUUUUCAAGCAUCAAAUGAUAGAAAUGGUACCUGAUCGUUCGAAAUCCGAUUACUCGAUAAAUGGAGAAGUUAGCUUCUCAGCAGAUUCAAAUGUGUCCUACACGCGGAUUAUAAAAAGGAUCUGGCAUUACGGCGUUAGCAUAUUUCUUGUAUUUUUCAUAUCGCUGGCCGUAUAUCCGGCGAUUACUGUAUUAGUGGAGAGUCAAUACAAGGGGAAAGGCCAUGCGUGGAAUGACAUAUAUUUUGUACCUGUGGUGACGUAUCUCAUCUUUAGUACAGGCGAUUAUGCUGGAAGAGUAUUAUCCGGUAUUUUUCAAUGGCCGAAAGGUAAUCCAUGGCUCGUGAUGUUUAUGAGCGUUGCUAGAAGUGUUUUUAUACCUGUACUUAUGUUUUGUAAUGCGCAACCGAGACAUCACCUGCCUGUUUAUAUUCACAAUGAUAUAUAUUACAUUUUGAUAACUAUCGUGUUCGCCAUAACUAACGGUUAUCUCUGUAAUUUAACAUUUAUUCUCGUGCCCAUAGUUGUGGACAGCCAAGAAAAAGAAGUUGCAUCUGCAAUGAUGGGAGCUUUUUUGGGUAUAGGAUUAGCAUCUGGUGCAGCGCUUAGCUUGUAUAUGGUAAAGGCUCUUUAAUGUUUAAUUAUGUAACUGAAGACGGAUGUAAAUAAAAUACUUGAUUUCACUGCCCA